AGAUACGAAGAACUUGUUGAGCAGGCACGAGAGAAGGUUAAGGAGACUUCGAGACUGAAAGAGGAGUGCGAGAAAGCCGGCGAGGCUGCUCGACAGGCCGCGAAUGAAGCUCAAGUGUUUGCUGCAGCAAUUUUGUCUUCACUUGAUCAAAUUGCUGCUGACCCAGAAAAGGUGGAGGAAACGAAGAGUGAAGGUCGUAAAUUCAUUGAUAAUACAACGCAGGCUGCAGAGAAAGCAAAAAAAGUGGCCGCCGAAACUACAGCCAGUGCGAAGGAAACUGAAGACAAAGUUUCCGCUGGUCUUCUACCAGGACCAGAAGGUGAGGCAGCAUGGGAAGUUGCUGGACAUGCACAAAGCGCGGUACGU